GCGAAAUCAAAACCCCUUCUCAAACUUUGCUCCGACCUCCACGCCAGCAGGCGGCGACACCAGCCUGGCUUCCUGGCUGUCCCCCCAACUCCGCGACGAUGCUAUCACGGCAUUAGGCAAAGAGGAAUGUCUGACGUGACAGCCCCUAGGACAGCGUCGCGGCAGUUUUGGAGGGACUGCGUAGUCAUCAGUCUCUUCCUGUCAAGAUGAUUCGGCAGUGGUUUGGGUUUGUACGAGAUGUGAUCGGCUUGAUGAGGGGGAGUGAAGCGGUGGUCAUACGGCGGCAAACUGAGCGGAUUCGCAUGCAGCUUGUAGAGCUUCAGGCAAGGCGAUUGCUGCGCGAGAAGGAGCUCGAAGAGGCCUGCCUCAGAGAUGUCAGGCAAGUGGUUGAGAAGGUGCAGCGUCUCCAAAGAGAUCUGACGGAUGCUGAAGAGGCCGCAAAGGCGUACGUAGAUCGGCUUGCAGAACAUGCGCAGAAGUCGAUCGAGGAGCAAGGGCCACCGGAUACAGCAUUGGUUACAGAGAGAGCUUCGGAACGACUGGACGCAGCGGUUUACGGCGACCGGUCACUUGGGAAUUCCGGCCUUCCUGGGACAUCCAGCAUUAUUGGUUCUUCUGUGGAGGAUAUGGAGGGGUCUGGUGCGCCUGAUGUCAGAGUGGGAACAGGACUGAGUGAAGGGGGAGGAGGUGAUCCGGCAGGAAUAAGUUGGCGGCACAAAUCGCAGGAAACGAACUCGGCAGGUCGAUACCCUUCUGCGCACGAUGGAAAUCUUAGAUGACACUCUUCUUAAGGCUGCCCCAGACACAUUUUGGUGUUUGUUGUGUGUGUGUGUGUGUGUGUGUGUGUGUGUGUGUGUGUUGUGUGUGUGUGUGUGUGUGUGUGUGUGUGUGUGUGUGUGUGUGUGUGUGUGUGUUGGUUUUCUUGAGGUUUCUUUUCUUGGUUGCAUUUUUGAAAGCCUACUUCUGUUUAUGGAUGCACAGCAGGACCGAACCGCUGACCAUCACGAGUUCAAAAUUGGUUGUUGAUUUGUAUUUGUUGUUUUGUAUUUGUUGUUUUGUAUUCGUUGUUUUGUAAUAAUAAGUAAUUGAGAUAACAGGAAGGUAGUGGUGAGAGCUGCUGAAUAACUUGACUUGCACUGCAAGUCCUGGUUUUGUCUAUGUUUUUUUGGGGGGGGGAGGAGGACCAUUUCUCGAUUUAUGUGUGUCAUCCUUGUGCAGGGGCCAUGCUAAUCUUGUCUGUAUCAUCCCAAUGUUAUCGGAUGUCCCGAAGGAUGCUCAAUUUGGCAUGCUGUGUUGUUGUCUUUUUAUCAUUAGCUGGUAGCUUUUUGUUUUUCCUUAGUAGGUGGUAGUAGGCUUUAAAACUGCAGCUUGGGAGAAACUUGUAUUUCUGAAGUCUGCGGCAGCGUUUUCAGCUGCUUUAUAGUGUUUUUUUUUUUCUUCUUUUUUUUCUGCAGCCCUGGUUGUUAUCGGGGUGAUACGAGCAUCACCCAGUAACACCUCUGUUUUUUUUUUCUUCUUUUUUUUUCCUUCUCUUUUUUCCGCCGCCCUGGUGUGCGGCUCCCGUUUAUUGAUGGGGAGCAAUGGAGCAUCACCUGCUGGAAAAUGGGUCUAGCGUCCCUGAGUGGGGCAAUUUCAUAUGCAGGCCUGUAGUUCCUGUUAGCAUUGAUUGCCCUGGGAGACCUCAGGGGUCUGACCACGAGUGGCACAAUUUGAUAUGCAGGCCUGUAGUUCCUGUUAGCAUUGAUUGCCUCCCAGGCUGUAGGAAGGUUAUGCAGUGCAGCCAAACAGCUGAACCUCGACAAUCGUGAUUACAUGGCGGUAUUGAUUGCCCUCUGCCUGAGCAGCAGGGGGGGUUGACUGUGUUUUCGCGAUUAAAUUCGCGACUAAAUUCACAACUAAAUUCGCGACUAAAAUCACGAAGCAACACCUGAGAAUUGAGCCCAAUGUUAUUCCAUGGGCUGUCAAAUGAGCCACGCAGGAUUGGUUACGGUUACCCUCCCUUAAUCGGGGGAUAAACUGCGAUACCCUCA